CGUGAGCUCCUUGCAUACAGAGAGUACCACAGCUAACCACUUUCUCUCUCCCCCCUCUACUUCCUGACUCUCUCUAUCCUGUUCAUUUCGUCUUGUCCCGACGGAUCUGACUUCGAAUCGAUUGAACAACUGUCAAUUUCAUCAUCCGCACCAAACAGCAAAAUGAAGGACAUCUCAUCUAUCGAGUCCCUCAACCUGCCUGAGGAUGUGACCUUCACUAUCAAAGCCCGGACGAUCACCGUUGAGGGUCCUAGGGGAAAAUUGACCAAGAAGGUCAGCCACAUCGCCAUGGACAUUCAACUUGUCAAAUCACCCAAAGGCUCCAAAAUCAUCUUCACUAUCUGGCACGGUUCCCGUAAACACGUCGCAUGUCUUCGAACCAUCAAAUCCCUCGUUGAGAACAUGAUCAUCGGUGUCACCAAGGGAUUCCUCUACAAGAUGCGUCUUGUUUAUGCCCAUUUCCCUAUCAACGCUAUCCCCGGAGAUGAUGGGACAACAUUGCAGAUUCGUAAUUUCCUCGGUGAGAAAUACGUUCGUGACUGCAAAAUGAUUGAAGGCGUCAAAGUCUCAAUGUCCGAUGUCAAAGACGAAGUGAUCAUUCAGGGUAACGACAUUGAAAGCGUAUCUCAAUCAGCCGCCUCUAUCACUGACAAAUGCCGUGUUAAAGACAAAGAUAUCCGAAAGUUCUUGGACGGUAUUUAUAUCUCGGAACGAACCACGGUGGUACAGGAGUCGUAGAUGAUGUUGAUAGGCAUGAGAUAUGUACCAUUGCAUUCCCUCUGAUCAUUGUGAGAUACGACAGUAAACAUG